GGCUGCGCGUCCCCAGCCCCGCACUGCUCUGCGGGCCGGCCGCCAGGAUGCAGGCCCCGCACAAAGAGCACCUGUACAAGCUGUUGGUGAUCGGUGACCUGGGCGUGGGUAAGACCAGCAUCAUCAAACGCUACGUACACCAGAACUUCUCCUCGCACUACCGGGCCACGAUCGGCGUGGACUUCGCGCUGAAAGUGUUGCACUGGGACGCAGAGACCGUGGUGCGCCUGCAGCUCUGGGACAUCGCAGGUCAAGAAAGGUUUGGAAACAUGACAAGAGUCUAUUACCGAGAGGCUAUGGGCGCAUUUAUUGUCUUCGAUGUCACCAGGCCAGCCACAUUUGAAGCAGUGGUAAAGUGGAAAAAUGAUUUGGACUCGAAAUUAACUCUGCCUAAUGGCAAACCAGUUUCAGUGGUUUUACUGGCCAACAAAUGUGACCAGGGCAAGGAUGUGCUUAUAAACAAUGGCCUCAAGAUGGACCAGUUCUGCAAGGAGCAUGGCUUCGUAGGAUGGUUUGAAACAUCAGCUAAGGAAAAUAUAAACAUUGAUGAAGCCUCCAGGUGCCUGGUGAAGCACAUACUUGCUCAUGAAUGUGACCUAAUGGAGUCCAUAGAGCCUGACAUCGUGAAGCCUCAUCUCCCCUCACCCAAGGCCGUCAGCUGUUCCAGCUGUGCUAAAUCCUAGGAGGGUCCUAUGCUGGCAUAUGACAGACAUAAUCCCAUGAUCUCAUGAAUUAUGCCUCCAUUUGUACCAUUUUGGGUAAACCAGGUGAGGGAAACACACGUGCCAAGCCAAAGAUCUAUGCCUGUACCUUUUCUGUAAGAGAAAUAGUAAGUGCUCUUUUUUAAUGUUCUCCCACCAUCCACACAGUGUUUACACACUUUGAAAACAGUCUGUUACAAAAUUCUCUUGACCUGCAGAACACAAUUUUACAACAUCAGCCCUGGUAUUUGCUCUUUUAAAUCAACAAAGUUGUCCAGAUUUAAAGAGAAAGUGGAUAAGAGCAAACCAGCUGUCAAGUUAAGCAUUGGCGUUUGCCUUUGUCCUGGUGUGUCUUUGUUCAGAUUUCAAUGUGUUCUUUGAUGGUCUGGCAGGCUUGUUAAAGAGAAAUGGUAUUCUCUUCAGAGACAACCUCCAUUCUUGGCAGAACUAAGUGUUGUGUGUAUGAUUUAGCUCUUCAGAGUUAUGUCCACAGCCUCCUGUGCUUUUGUUGCCUUCAUUCCCAUUGUGUGCCCCAAAUGCUGUGCUGGUUUAUCUGUAGGUGCCUUUCUUCUGGCUUUCUCAGACUCAAGCUGUGGGACUCUUCUAUAUAUGUAAGAUGUAUUAUACAUAUUUUCACAAGUGAGAAAUAAAACAUUGAAUGUUGCUGUUUCUCUAUUUAUGAAAGUGCUUUAAAUUCCUUAGUGUGCUGAAUGUUUUCUUUUUUCUUUUUUUUGACAAUGUGUAUUUCUCCAAAUUCAUUUCUAAAUUUUAUUUCUGAAAGGAGAGAAGAAGUGAUGCCAAGUGUAUUCUAACUGCAUCAUAUCCAUUUUUUGGCUAUCAAAGCAAGCAGUAUACGUAUAUUUGUUUGUUGUUAAUAUGAGGAAUAUACCCUCAGGU